AUGAGCAAGGAGGAAAGACAAGAUGAAGACCUCCAAAGAGAGAACUGGGAGCGUAUUAGAAGCAAUAUAAACUUUUUGGUCGAUGAUCUGGAUGAGCGUUUAGUUUUACAGACAUUCCACUCGCUAUUUUCUGUAAAUGUAAUACUUGGGAGCCGGUUAUUGGUAGAUGCUUUAUUGCAGAAAGCCGUGAAAAAUAACGGCAGCAUCUCUAGUAUAGCGGCACUAUCAGCCUUGGUUGAUGCAUAUGUUCCGUCUGUUGGGUCCCUUCUGGUUGAGAGAGCAGCUGCGAGGUUCUUGGGCUGUUUCAAGAAAAACGACGCUCGCGGAUGCUAUGCCAUGGCGAGUCUCAUCUCACAGUUAUUCAACUAUGGAGUCGCACAUGAAAUUGUUAUACUGCAAGUUCUUCACCUAGUCACGGAGAAUCUCAACCCGCACUCUGCCAGGCUGACAAUAGAAAUUAUACGUCAAUGUGGGUGUGAAUUGUUAGCAGUCGCCAAAAAUGCCCACGAUCUAGUGUACGAGGGCUUGCGCACCUAUUUUCAAGAUUCUAAAACUAGUUACGAUGCACGUCGGGAAUUUGAAGUUAUUUUUGAGCUUCGCAAAAGAGACUACCGGGGCACGCCGCCUAAAAUUCAUUUGCCACCAUACGAACCCUCUAGACACACCUAUUUGAUCGAUCCAGACCAAAUCGAGGUCGAAUCCAACACUAAAAUUGUAGACUUUGUUCACGACCCAGAUUUUGCCACGAAAGAGGAGGAGUUUGGAGCUAUCCAAACGCGAGUUAACCUCCUGGAAACUUCACCUGAAUCAUUGCCACAAGAACCGCCAAAAGAUGUUAAAAUUCAUGACAUGACUCAAUCUCAAAACCUGGAGUUUAAGAAAAAAGUGUAUUUGACGCUGAAAGGCUCACUUUCCGGCGAUGAGGCUGCUCACAAGCUUCUCAAAUUGAGAGUUCCGGACCGCGACAAGAAGGUUGUCGUUGACACCUUAGUAAUGGCCUGUUCACAAGAGACAACUUACUCAAAGUUUUAUGGUGUAACGGCAGAAAGGCUUUGUUCAAGUCAUAGAAGCUGGCAAUUUGCUUUUGCCAGUUCAUUCAAAGACGGUUACGUUUUAAUAGAUGACUUUCAGGCCGCUCAGGUGAGAAACAUGGGGAAACUCUGGGGCCAUAUAUUAGCAUCUGACUACGUGGGUCUAGAAGUUCUGGAGGUCGUACAUAUGAACGCGGAAGAGACUACUUCAGCGGGAAGAGUGUACUUGAAAUUUUUACUGCAAGAAUUGGUGCUUGACCUGGGCAUACAAGAGCUGAAAAAGAGACUUGAAGAACCCUGCAUCCAGUCCUAUUUGACGGAAAUGUUUCCUGUUGAUGAUGUGGAUAAGACCCGGUUCUCUAUCAAUUUUUUCACAGCUAUCGGACUAGGGUCUCUGACAGAGACGAUGCGUGAAACCCUGAAGGGUGAGACGCUUACAAUACAAGACGGAGGGCAGGAGACGAAUACUAGAGAAUUCGAAGAAGCAGGGGGUGCAGAAAGAGACGACGAAGACCAGACGUCCACAACGUGGGAGAAAUUCAAUCGCAUGCGAAAAUCUCGGAAUCCUAACGUAGACGAUAAUAGUGUCCCGAGAGACUCUCGUCGUAGGUCUCGAACACCACCCAGGCGAAGACGGUCGAGAACACCCACAAGGCGUAGAUCACGAUCUCCACAGGCCAGACGGUAA